AUGCUCUCCAAAUUUGUUGUAGUCGAGGUGAGCAACACGCCAUCAACAAUGACACUUGUCGAAUAUUUGGUAAGCCACCUCUUCAUCUCUUCAUGAUUCUAAUUCAUUCUUUUCCAGGUGACUCAUGGAUUCGAUAAAUUUGCAGUCGUCACAGAUCUGAUGGACCAUCCGUCCUUUAAAUACAAAGACGGUCCCUCGAGUCCGGAAUCUCCAAGCACGACCAUCUCCUCAGCAGCACAACACACUCCCCCGAGGACCGCCAUUUCAACGCCCACAUCGAACUGCACUCCGGUUCCUCCACAUCCGAACAAGCCGAGAGCAUCAAUAGACUCAAUCGCAAAAGCAUUGUCUUCUAAGAAGACCUCCCCCACGCCCGUCGAGAGAAAUCAUCACCAUCAGCAGCCACAUCCACUUCUGAAUCUGCAGCAUCAGUUAUCAAACCCACACUCCCUGACACAAUUGCACAAAAUUCUCGAGGAGCACCAGAAGAUGAACAUCCAGAAGAAGGAGCAGGAACGUCAACAGGCAGAGAUUCAGAGGAUUCUACUUCAGCAGGCAGCUCACGUUUCCUCGCUCGGAUUCGAAAGGCUUACUCCCGAGUACGAAGACAACCAUCACAGCGAGACGAUCUCAAAGGCCAGUUCAGAGGAUCUGAAGACGGAAACCGACACCUCUGACUUCGUAUCCAGCGACGACCAAGUGCGCGCUUCUAUGAUACACCUUCUGAAUCCUGCGUUCGGAUCUGCAUUCGGACUCCUCGAUGCCGAGAACCUGUUCGCAACUGUGACAACCCCCACGUCGACCUCCAACAAACGACGCAAUGGUGGAGAGUCCGGACUUCCAUCGAAGAAGCACCGCUGGCUGCCAGUCGAUGAGCUUGAAGAAAGCCGCUCGUCGCGUGGAAAGAACUGCGGAAGAGUUCACUGCAAGGCAACCUACAAGUGUGCCCUUUGCGGAAAACCGACGACUCUCAACUCGACGGGAUCCCGCUGGAACCUUCUUCGCCACGUCAUCAUGAUCCACUCGGACUGCAAACCAUACAAGGUAAGUGGGGGACGUCCGUUCCGGUCAUGCAUGCUUGUGAAGUGUCAUUUGAAGUGCUUUCGUUUCCCUUCCUUACCUGUUGUGUGUUUCUAACCCUGAGUGUCGUGUGUGUGCAGUUUGUAGCGGUGUUUCUUUUCAGUGCUGGGAUUGCGACUUCACCGGCAUAAAAUCGAACGUCAUCUCUCACGCCAGACAAUGCCGUCAUCGCGCCGACGACGCCCACGACAUCACGUAAGUUUAUCGACGGAAAAAGAAUAUAAUUGAAUAGUGUGAAGCUGUUGUUUCGAGAUUCUAGUGUUUUAUGCAUGGAGUGUGUGAUACCUCCCUCUUUUCCUUCUCCCCAUUCCAAAGCUUCUCCCUUUCCUUCCCCACGCCUCAACUACAACCAUCCUCUUUGCCAGAAUCUCUUUAAGUUUGUUCUUUUCAGUACCGACGAGAUGCGUGCCGAAUGGAAUCUCCGUCUCCACGAGUGCUUCCCAGACUAUGUGCGUGCUAAGGAACGUGGAUGGCAGCCGGAAGAGACGCCAGAGAAGAAGCUGGAACUCGAGUCGGCCACACUUGUCAAGCAGGAGCCAGAGCUGGCAGCUCAGAUCGCCGAGACCCUUGGCCAAUCACUUAUUGCCAUAGAGAACUAG